UGUACCAGGAGGGCAAAACGAGCCCCAACCAUAGUGCGUCAUCGUUAUUUCCCACGGUCUGACUGUAGAGAUUUGCACUCAAAGUUUGCUCAGUUAUUGAUCUUCUAGGAAGAGUACUUGCCCAGAUUAUGUUCGGACAAAUCUGGAGACGGUAUCAUUCAAGUUGGAUUGCAUGAACAAGAAAGGUGGAGUUUUCGAGGUGUGUGAAGAUCAGAGGAAGCCCAGUGAAGUUUCAUUCCCUUUCCUUUGCAAAGCAAGUUUCGGUUUUAUAAACUUCUCUUGUGCGUAGGUGUGUGGCGUUGUACCUGACCAUGUUCUGUUGAGAUACGAGCUUCGUUCUGUGAUGAGAGCCACAGUUUUCCUCCAUUCCUUGGUCUGAGAUUUCAUUUGAUGCCUUGAUUCGACGUCACUUCCAAACUUUACGACAUUGCACAUGUUUAUUGAGUUGCUGCUGGAUGUGGACUUCAACGAACCAGAAUAGCGUUUGUGGUUUAUGGACAGUGUUGUAAAAAAACUUGGAUUUGUUAAUUUUAAUCAGCCACAAAACAAGUUUGUAGUGAAAGAGUUUCUUGAUCUCAGCUGAUUCAAAAAGUGCCGUCAUGUUUGUCAAGAGAAGGACCACCUUCUUCUUUCUUGCCUCCCUGUGUGCUUUCGUUGCCCUGAUUAUCUCCGGGAUUGCGGUCGGAACGAGCUACUGGAUAGAGGCCGGGCUUGAGAGAGAUCUAUCGGAUCUGGUCAACAGGACUCUCCCACUGAAGGAUUUUUACGGGACGAACCCCAUCGACGCUGACGACCCUGGUGCCUUCCGGGGGCGUUGUAAUUUUGGCUUGUUACAGGGAUGCAAGAAGUUUAACUGGGGCCUGGGAGGACGAGACUGGACCUGUUUCAAAGUUUUCAGUGAGCAUGAAGAUGUGUACAGCGUUGGAUACCCCAUCGCCUGUUUCAUCUUCUUAAUCAUCGCCAUCAUCUUUGCACUGGUCUCUACCAUCUUCGGAUUGGUCAAUACGCUUACGGUUCCCAUAGAAACCAUCCAUGGAGUGAUGGGACUGUACCUUUGGAACGCCGUUGGAGCCGCCGCAUGCCUGAUUGCUUGGGUCGUUUACCUGAUCCUCUAUUUAUCACAACUGACGCGAAACGUCCUUAAUAAAGAAGACAUGGGUUCCCCAAAUAAUUUCAGGACGACCUCCGUGAACUUUGGGUUCUCCUUCUGGCUCGUCGUGGUCAGUUUCUUCCUCUUCUUGCUCAACAUCCUCUUUGUGUUCUUGGCGCAUCUCCUGCAGGAUCCCAACUUCUUACGGAAAAAGAAGAAGGAAUCGGAGAUGGCCAAGGGCUCUGGUAAUACUGUCGGUCUUGGCUUAAUGUAUUAGGGAAUAUUUGUAAUACUUGGUAGCAGCCGUCGAUUUCACCAAACUCUGCCUAACUUAGGAUUAAUCUUAUGACUUAUAGAACGAGUUAAGUUCCGUAUCUAUAUUGAACCCAUCCCUAUCUCGAGAUAGGAUUAAUCCUAGCGUGUCGUGAAAUCGGCUGCUUGCCUACUCUGUAUAGAGGAUACCAUCUUGAUUUAGCCGUAUUCAACUCAAUUACGAGGCUUAAUGAGGAAAAUAAAUCCUUCUCACGGACGUCACAAUACUGAGCAAUACGGCAGGUCUGCCAUUUUGGAUUACAUGCAGUGAAGAAUACAUUGCAUUUCUCAACGCAUGUUUGUGACAUGUGAGUAUCCCAACAAGGGGAUUUAAACAAUAGUGACGUCAUCUGAGAAUGGUUUAUGCUCUGUUUUAAUGAUAAUUAAUAUUUUCAGUACAUGAAGGGAAUAAGAUAAGUGCCUCAUAAAAAAGUUCCAUAGAUACCAUUGCAUAUUACGUCACAAACCCAAAACAGUCCCCUCACACUGAGGUCAACGGACAGCUAUCAUUGGCUGAGAGUUGUGCCGUAUACGCACCCAAGUUUUUAUUGUUUGACAUCAAAGAUGGCUGCCUAUCAUGUGUCUCUGCAUUUAUCUCUAUUUUUAGAGAUUUUCUCUACUUUUUAAAGAUUUUAAUCUUUAUAAUGGGUCUAUUGAUGGAUUGCGCAUGACCUCAUUGACUGCCAUCUUUAAACAAUAAAAAGUGCACUUGGGUACGCGCUGCGCACGCACGACUCGCUCGACCAAUAGUAGCCUUUCAUGCGUGCACGUUUUGGCCAAUGGCGGCCAAUACAAGGAAGGGAUCUUUAGGCCCAGAUAAUUAUUUAUUUGUGUGAAAGUAUUGAAGGAAAUGUCAGUCUUAACUGAGCUUGUUGGGUAGUAUGCUUAGGCCAGGCCUAGGUCAGAUAUUUAAACAUGGACAACAAAAAUUUAUGUAAACAAAAUAAAUAGUCCUGCAUGUACUGGCAAAAAGUUUGAGUCAUUUUAUUGUAGGGAUUAAUGGAGUUUCUUAUUAAAGAAUA